GGUUCCCUAGAGCUCUCCGCUUCGCCUUAUUAGGUUAAUUUCCGCGCGCGUUCGCGAGCUCGCGCGCCGGCCGUGCGCCGCCGCCGGUCAAGCUAGGGGCUAGGGUUAGAGAGUUGAGGAGAUAAGUAGGGGAGGUGAUGCGCCUGAACUAGGGGAAUCCAUCGGAGUAUUCAUUGGGGUCGGAGGCGCCGCCCUUGCGCCGGCGUGGCCGCGCCGCCGCUGCCCACCGUGGGCGCUCGGGCGUGCCCAAGGUUGAAGAAGGAGAGGAGGGCACGGGUGCGAAGGAAUUAGAAGCUCAGGGGGUUAUGAGAAAUAUUUCAGGGUUUAAGUGUGGAGGUGGAAAACUUCAAGGGGCCUAAGUGCUAGAUAUAGGGGCUUUAGUGCAAAAUAAAGGGCAGAUCCGCAGGGUAGUUUUGUUCCGAGGACCUAUCUGCGAAAGUAACUUUCUCUUUUGAAAUGGCUGAAACUUUGGAAAUCCGUAUAAAAUCAUAGGAAAAUGAUAAAAAUGCGAGAUAAUUUUUGUUGGGUUCCUUAUGCUCAGAUAUACACCUAUGAAAAAUACUGGUCCUGGUGUAAUAUGUGUUUUUGUUGCUGAUUAAAAUACAUGUUGUUUAAUCUCCUUAUUUUAGAAUAAAUAGCUGUAGUAUUCAUAAAAUCCUGAUACAUUCACAGUAAUAUGUGUCCUACGUUGAAAAGUGUUCUGGGAAGUUUGUAGAACAAAAUUGCUUAUAUAACUUUAGAUAUAAAUUAUUCUUCAUAUCUGCAGUUUUGUAAUGUUUGAUUUUUAAUAAACUCUCUGGAAGUCUAAUCGUGCUGAAACUUUUCCAGUAAUACUUGUAAAUGAUUCAUGUUCAUGUAACACAUAAUGCUUUUUGAAUAAUUAUUUUUGCUAUAAACUAUUAAUGCAACCAUCUAUACACAUGUCCGUCGUUUCGCCGUAGCCACGCACCCACCGGGUCAGAUUGUACCCUUGCAUGAAUCAUCCAUAGCCUGAAGUUUCUUGCAGCCUUUUUUUCACACCGAUGACAUCAAUAGAUCCUAUCCUGAUUCCUGCAUGUUCGUUCAAAAAAUAAAUCCUAUUCCUGACAGCUAGCAUGGAAGCGACUCGCGCAUGCUCCAACUGAUGACGCUCGCAUUACAUACAUAGCUUCUUGCUUCGAUGUGCCUGCAGCUACACCUAGUACCAGGUGAUCACUAGUGCUCGGUGCCAUGGGAGGGGGAGAUCACCGGUGCAUGGCCGCCACGGCGGCCGCCGCCGCUUCUGCCGGGUAUGGAGGCGGCAGCGUGGAGGCUGCGCUGAGGCCUCUUGUUGGUGCACACGCCUGGGACUACUGCAUCUGCUGGAGGCUGUCUCCUGAUCAGAGGUUCUUGGAGAUGACUGGGUUGUGCUGCAGCAGUGAGUUGGAGGCCCAGGUUUCUGCACUUGGCGAGCUGCCUUCGUCUAUCCCACUGGAUUCCUCAUCUGCAGGGAUGCACGCCGAGGCAAUGAUGUCCAACCAGCCGAUUUGGCAGACCAGCUGCGUGCCAGCAGAGCUCCCAGCAAGUUGUUCCACUGAGCUCGGAUCCGCCGCCGGACCGAGGACGCGGUUGCUGGUGCCGAUCGCCGGCGGCCUCGUCGAGCUCUUCGCCGCCAGAUACAUGGUGGAGGACGAGCAGAUGGCAGAGCUGGUCAGGGAGCAGUGCGGGGUGCCGACGCGGGCGACAGAGGGCGAGGGGGACGAGGGCGGCGCCGCCGUGCACAUCUGGCCGGAGGCGCCGGGCUUCGCGUGGGACGGCGCCGACCCGCAGCGUAUGUACGGGGCGGUGCCGCCGUCGCUCAGCCAGUUCGACGCUGCGGGGGACCCGUUCUUGGCGGCGCCACCGCCCGGGGUGGUCGACGACGCGGCGGCGGCGGGGUGGCAGUACGCCACGGCGGCCGGGAGCGAGCCUUCGGUGGUGGCGGCGCAGCAGGAGCAGCACGGCAUGGCGCGCGCUGGAGGCACGGACUCGGGGUCCGAGGGGAGCGACUUGCAGGGGGACCCCGAGGACGACGGCGACGGUGACGCGCAGGGGCGGGGUGGCGGCGACGGCGGCAAGGGCGGCAGCAAGCGGCAGCAGUGCAAGAACCUGGAGGCGGAGCGGAAGCGGAGGAAGAAGCUCAACGAUGCGCUCUACAAGCUCAGGUCGCUCGUCCCCAACAUCACCAAGAUGGACCGCGCUUCGAUCCUCGGAGAUGCGAUCGACUACAUCGUGGGGCUGCAGAACCAGGUGAAGGCGCUGCAGGACGAUCUGGAGGACCCGGCGGACGGCGCCCCUGACGUACUCCUGGACCACCUGCCGCCGGCGAGCCUAGUGGGGCUGGAGAACGACGACUCGCCGCGCGCGAGCCUCCAACAGCCGCCGGCGAGCAAGAGGGCCCGAGCAGCGGCGGCGGCACCGGCGGAGGAGGAGAAGGGGCACGACAUGGAGCCGCAGGUGGAGGUGCAGCAGGUGGAGGCGAACGGGUUCUUCCUGCAGGUGCUGUGCGAGCACAAGCCCGGCCGCUUCGUUCGCCUCAUGGACGCUGUCAACGCCCUCGGCCUCGACAUCACCAACGUUAAUGUCACCUCCUACAAGACCCUCGUCCUCAACGUCCUCCGCGUCGUCAGGCGGGACAAUGAGGUGACGGUGCAGGCGGACAGGGUGAGGGACUCGCUGCUGGAGGUGACGCGGGAGUCGUACGGCGUCUGGUCGGCGCCGGCGCCGGUGGUGGGGAGCAGCGGCAGCAUCGACGUCAAGCUCGACUGCGUCGACGUGAAGCUCGAUGGCGGCGUCGAUGUGCAGGCACCGGCGGCCGCGGCCACGACGGAGGACCAUUACGGCGGCUACAACCAUCUCCUCCAAUACCUCGCCUGAUCAUACGCCACCAUGAAUUGUGUCAUCAAAAUGAGUUAGUUUUAUAUUUUUAUUUAUGAUGAACAUUCUUGCUUUUUUCUUUGAGAAUUAUACGUCUUCUAGAAUUCAGAUCUGUAACGCUAGAGUGUAAAACAAAACAGACAGCCAGGAGUCGGGACUCGAGCUGAGCGCGAGCAAAUUUUAGAUUCUUGCAAAUUAAACAAGAAUUACAAA